GAAUCAUUUAAAAGUGCCAUCUGCUCAAACACAACUCAUUGUGCAGUCGUGGUGAUAAAACAAUGAAACUUUCGUUGUUGUUUGUUUUCCUCCUGUGCCCAGGGCUAAGUGAGAUGCAAGGAUAUUUGGCACGUCUCAGUAAACUGAUGAAAUGUACUACGGGAAAACAUUUUGCACAAUUUAUCAUUUAUGGCUGCCACUGUGGAGCUGGGGGAUAUGGUCAAACAGUUGAUGCAGUAGACAGGUGUUGUUUUGAACAUGACUGCUGUUACGACUGGCUGAAACUAAAGAACUGUAAUCCUAAGUCAACAAAUGUUGAGGUUUAUUGCUCCAAUGGUAAUCCUUCCUGUGAAAAUGCAGUGGGCUAUUCCUCAUAUGCACUCUGUAUUAAUCGAAUUUGUCGAUGUGAAGUAAACUUUGCCAAAUGCUUAAAAACAGCUGAAUUCAAUGCGCUAAAUGGAUGGAGGCUUAAUUUGUUUGGCUGCAAGAGAAACAGAACUCCAUCAUGCCCUUCAUCUUUUUAAACAAAUCUUGUCUGCACUUAAUGAAUGGACUCAUUUUCUGAACACGAACAAAUUCUCCUUCCUUCAUUUGUACCAUCAUUUCUUUAUUAAUUCAAAUAUGGUUCUGCAAACAGUAUAAUUGAAUGUAAGAGAGUGUCCAUUUUUUUGCUUUGCAAAACAAGAGAUAAAUACAGUUAGAUACCUGUUUUAAAAAACAGACUAUAUAAAUGUUUAAUUUAUAUAUUACACAGUAGCAGUAUAUUGCAAAUCACAAUACCAUUGUAUUAAAUACUUACAGUAUUAUGAAUUUAAAUGUACAGUUUAUAAGCAUAGAUUAUAAAUCAGUAAAUAAAGAAGAACUUACAGAAAGUGAAA